CUCAAUGGAACGUGGUCAAUAUGCAAAAUUGAUGACUAUGCCUCUUUUGUGGAAGGGACAUUGUGUGURCCUUGCUUAUGAAGUCUAAUCCAAUCAUAAAUUGCACUCUCUGGCCAAUCAGCGCUCCCGGCACGGCGCUUGAAAGCGACCCAUGUAGAGAACUUUGUUGAACCUCAUUGUUGAGGCUGACAGUUCUGAAAGGAGCUUUGGGGCAGCCUGCUAUAAAACGCCUUCCCCAGAGUAGAGGGGCCAGAGGAGUGAAGCUAGUCAUUCAGAUUGGAACCUAUCAGAUCCUCACUUGUUCUUGACGGAGUAUUUCAACAGAUCGUUUCGUGUUGCGUUAUACUACAGACGGGACCAUGAUGAUCCCAAGCAUCCUUGCGCCUAAUGCGAUGUACCCAGGCCUUUACCGCCCCUCCGCCUCCUUGCCMSUKCAKCYGUCRCUGCAGAACGCYUUUCCAACCCARUCCAGCUURCUAGUGGAGGACCUGCUGCGGAUAAGCAGGCCGGCGGYGUACCACRUCAGKCGGACGCUCCCCUCYGCAAGCGUCUCCCCGGCGACKACCACCACKACCAUGUCCUUCAGUGCCAUGCCACWGGAGCGCAUCGUCUCUCCAACUGCCURGASGCGUGACUCAUGCUCMCCGAAAACGUCYCAACCGAGRAGUAAAGARCCAACWUAUCUUAAYUUUGGAGUCAGCGCAAUCCUUGCACCAUCACCAAAGACCGCAUCGUUGCCCCCCGCCAUCCACCACAGUAUGCACCCCAAGGCCUUCUCUCUCCCRUACUUCGACGGAUCCUUCCACCCCGCCUUCUUCAGGUCUACAUAUUUCCCAGCGUCUUCAUCGGUCGUGCCCAUCCCCGGAACCUUCUCUUGGCCGCUGGCCAGCAGAGGGAAGCCGAGGAGAGGGAUGCUCAGACGGGCAGUGUUCUCUGACGUGCAGCGCAAAGCUCUGGAGAAGAUGUUCCAGAAGCAGAAAUACAUCAGRAAACCAGACAGGAAGAAGCUGGCCUCAAAGCUCGGUCUCAAAGACUCACAGGUUAAAAUCUGGUUCCAGAACCGCAGAAUGAAGUGGAGGAACUCUAAAGAGAGGGAGCUCCUGUCUUCGGGAGGUUGUCGCGAGCAGACCCUGCCCACRAAAACGAACCCACACCCAGACCUCAGCGACGUCGGCAAGAAGUCCUCCGCGGAUGAGGACGAGAUGGAAGAGGACCCAUUCGGCGCUAGAGGCGCGCCUGGCCUUUGCCAUUCCCCCGCAGCGGGGCACGAGCUGUCCAACAGCGGCGGAUCGAACCUCUCGUCGCCAUCUCUCUCCAGCAAGCACUCGGAAUUCUCAGAAUCGGAUGAAGAAGAGAUCACCGUUUCUUAAUUGAUUUAUAACAACUCAAAGAUAUGUUUAUAAAACGGUUAUCCUAUGUGACCAUGUUUGCAAGAGGCUGUAUCCCUUAAUUUAGGCCCAACUACUAGAAAUGUAUUUAUUUCAUAUUCCACAAUAUUUUCAAACAAUCAACUUCUGUCAAAUCAAAUUAGGCUACAUCCAUGAUUCUUUCUUAUAAAAAUAACUGCAGGGUUUAUUUUAUAGAAAGGGCCGGCUCUAGCCUUUUUGGGGGCCCUAAGGGAGAUUUUG